AUGUGUAGGGGAUUCUCGAUCACCCUUACUAGAUCCGCUCAAAGUUGGUACAGGCAACUCAAACCCAAUUCAGUUGGUUCCUUUGCAGAGCUCAACAAAUUGUUCCUUACCCAGUUCAUAAGUGGUAAGAAGAGUCGGAAGCCGACUAGUCAUUUGUUCACCAUUAAGCAGGGUCCUAAAGAGUCAUUGAAGGACUUCAUCGCCCGCUUCAACGAGGAAGCAUUGCAGGUGAAGGACUAUGAUGACAAAAUGGCGCCCUUUGCCAUGUUCAGCGGUCUGAAAGAGGGGAAGUUUACCUUCUUUAUUGGAAAGAAUCCACCUAAGACGUUGGCCGAGCUCGUCACCAGAGCUCAAAAAUACACUAACGCCGAGGAAUUCUCCAACUCCCGCAAAAAUGUUCAAGUGGCAGAGCCGCCAACCAAAGGGAAGAGGCUGAGAAACGAAGAACCCCAGCCAUCCAGCAAGAAAUUGGAUGACCAUGUCCCUUGUGAUCGUCCGCCGAGCAGGAAGCCUGAGGGUAAGUUCCGUUCCUACACUCCCCUCAACACAUCUACAGAGAAGAUACUGUUGGACAUCAGGGGUUAA